UGCAGAAGUGCGUGAGUGUUCGCAGCCUGCUGGCUAGCUGGCACUCCGGGUGGAAAAGGAUUUCCUCUUAGAAGGACCGAACACAGAGACACACACUGAAGCGAUUUCGGUAGCCACCUUCAGGACGGACUUUCUGGUUACUGACCUUUUUGCAGCGGAAUAGCGGAAACUCUUCAGCCAUGAGCUCGGUAGCUGUGUUGACCCAGGAGAGCUUUGCUGAGCAUCGCAGCGGCCUGAGGGACGAGGAGAUCACAGGCGGCACCCCGGAGGAUGAGGCCUACAUCCCGACCUAUCUAGAGGCCUUCCCCCCUCUCCCUGAGAAGGGGGCUCCGGGGGAGAAGUCAGGCGAGCCCACGGGAGCCUGGAGCAAGAUACGCCCCAUAAAGGCCUCUGUCAUCACCCAGGUUUUCCACGUGCCCCUGGAGGAGAGGCGCUACAAAGACAACAGCCAGUUUGGUGAGGGCGAGGAGGCCAAGGUGUGCCUGGACAUCAUGCAGCGGACGGGGGCGCACAUUGAGCUGUCGCUGGCUAAGGACCAGGGCCUGUCCAUCAUGGUGACCGGCAAGCUGGACUCGGUCAUGAAGGCGCGCAAGGAGAUCGUGGCGCGGCUGCAGACGCAGGCCUCGGCCACGGUCACCAUACCGAAGGAGCACCACCGCUUUGUCAUCGGGAAGAACGGGGAGAAGCUGCAGGAGCUGGAGCUGAAGACGGCCACUAAGAUCGCCAUCCCGCGACCCGACGACCCCAGCGCCAACAUCCGGAUCACCGGCACCAAGGAGGGCAUCGAGAAGGCCCGGCACGAGAUCCUGCUCAUCUCCGCAGAACAGGACAAGCGGGCGGUGGAGCGGCUGUCCCUGGAGAAGGCCUUCCACCCCUUCAUCGCCGGCGCUCACAACCGGCUGGUGCAGGAGCUGAGCCAGGAGACGGGCGCGCGCAUCAGUAUCCCGCCGCCCAGCCUGCCCAAGGACGAGAUUGUCAUCACCGGGGAGAAGGAGGCCGUCGCCCUGGCCAUCGCCCACAUCCGAGCCAUCUACGAGGAGAAGAAGCGCAAGACGACGACGAUCUCGGUGGAGGUAAAGAAGUCGCAGCACAAGUACAUCGUGGGGCCCAAGGGCAACACGCUGCAGGAGAUCAUGGAGAGCACCGGCGUCUCCGUGGAGAUGCCGCCGCUGGACUCCGGCUCCGAGACCAUCAUCCUCAGGGGCGAGCCCGACAAACUGGGCCCCGCCCUCACACAGGUCUACGCCAAGGCUAAGAGUGUGAUGGUGGUGGAGGUGUCGGCCCCAGCCUGGCUUCAUCGCUUCAUCAUCGGGAAGAAAGGACAGAACAUCGGCCGCAUCACGCAGCAGCUACCCAAAGUGCACAUUGAGUUCACAGACGGCGAGGAGAAGAUCACUCUGGAAGGCCCCACAGAGGAGGUGGAGCAGGCCCAGGUGCAGAUCCAGGACAUGAUCAAAGACCUGAUGCUUAGGAUGGACUACACUGAGGUGAACAUCGACCAGCGCUUCCACAGACACCUCAUCGGCAAGAACGGAGCCAACAUCAACCGGAUCAAGGAGCAGUACAAGGUGUCUGUGCGGAUCCCCCAGGACUCGGAGCGCAGCGGGCUGGUCCGCAUCGAAGGGGACCCCCAGGGGGUGCAGCUGGCCCGCAGGGAGCUCAUCGAAAUGGCCCAGCGCAUGGAGAAUGAACGCACCAAGGACCUGAUAGUGGAGCAGAAGUUCCACCGCACCAUCAUCGGGCAGAAGGGCGAGAAGAUCAAAGAAGUGCGCGACAAGUUCCCCGAGGUCAUCAUCAACUUCCCCGACCCGUCCCAGAAGAGUGACAUCGUGCAGCUGCGGGGACCCAAAAAUGAGGUGGAGAAGUGCGCCAAGUUCCUGCAGAAGCUCAUCGCCGACCUGAUUGAGAACAGCUACUCCAUCUCCGUCCCCAUCUUCAAGCAGUUCCACAAGAACAUCAUCGGCAAGGGAGGCGCCAACAUCAAAAAGAUCCGGGAGGAAACGAACACCAAGAUCGACCUGCCCACGGAGAACAGCAACUCUGAGAUGAUCGUGAUCACUGGCAGAAAGGCCAACUGCGAGGCGGCACGCGACCGCAUCCUGGCCAUCCAGAGGGAUCUGGCGAACAUUAAGGAGGCGGAGGUGACGAUCCCGGCCAAGCUGCACAACUCCCUGAUUGGCUCGCGGGGCUCCCUGGUGCGCUCUGUGAUGGAGGAGUGCGGGGGUGUGCACAUCCACUUCCCCUCGGAGGGGUCGGGCUCCGACAAGGUCACCAUCCGCGGCCCCGCCGGUGAGGUGGAGAAGGCCCGAAAACAGCUGCUGCAGCUGGCCGAGGAGAAGCAAAUCAACAACUUCACGGCGGAGCUGCAGGCCAAGCCCGAGUACCACAAGUUCCUGAUCGGGCGGGGCGGGGCCAACAUCCGGCGCGUGAGGGACCGCACAGGGGCGCGGAUUAUCUUCCCCUCGCCCGACGACCCCGAGCAGGAGCUCAUCACCAUUGUGGGCCGAGAGGAGGCCGUGCGGCUGGCACAGAAGGAGCUGGAGACCCUCGUCAAAAACCUGGACGACGUGAUCGAGGACAGCAUGGUGGUGGAGCCGCGUCACCACCGCCACUUCGUGUGCCGCCGCGGCCAGGUGCUGCGCGAGCUGGCGGAGGAGUACGGGGGCGUGGCCGUCAGCUUCCCCCGCACCGGCACCCACAGCGACCGCGUCACGCUGAAGGGGGCCAAGGACUGCGUGGAGGGGGCCAAGAGACGCAUCCAGGAGAUCAUCCAGGACCUGGAGGCGCAGGUGACGGUGGAGGUGGCGAUCCCGCAGCGGUACCACCGCGCCGUCAUGGGCCCCAAGGGUUCGCGCAUCCAGCAGAUCACCCGCGACCACGAGGUCCAGAUCAAGUUCCCCGAGCGGGAGGAGUCAGCAGGGGCAGAGCCAGCUCCACAGGAGAAUGGUGAGGCCAGCCCAGAGGCGGAGUUUGUCCCACGCAAGUGUGACAUCAUCACCAUCUCCGGGCGGGCGGAGAAGUGCGAACUGGCAAGGGCGGCCCUGCUGGCUCUGGUCCCGGUGACGGUGGACGUGGAGGUGUCCUACGACCUCCACCGCUACAUCAUCGGGCAGAAGGGCAGCGGGAUCCGCAAGAUGAUGGAGGAGUAUGAGGUGAAUAUCUGGGUGCCGCAGCCAGAGCAGCAGUCGGAUGUGAUUAAGAUCACAGGACAGGUGGCCAACGUGGAGCGCGCUCGUCUGGGCCUUCUGGAGAGGGUCAAAGAGCUGCAGGCCGAGCAGGAGGACCGGGCCCUGCGAAGCUUCAAGCUGACCAUCUCCGUCCACCCAAAGUAUCACCCCAAGAUCAUUGGCCGCAAGGGCGCCGUCAUCUCCCAGAUACGCAAGGACCACGACGUCAACGUGCAGUUCCCUGACAAGGGGGAUGAGCAGCAGGACCUGAUCACCAUCUCGGGGUACGAGCGGAAUGUGGAGGAGGCGCGGGCGGCCAUCGAGCGGCUGGUGUCGGUGCUGGAGGAGAUGGUGAGCGAGGACGUGAAGCUGGACCACCGUGUGCACGCCCGCAUCAUCGGCGCCCGGGGCAAGGCCAUCCGCAAGCUCAUGGAGGAGUUCAAGGUGGACAUUCGGUUCCCACAGCCUGGUUCUGAUGAUCCGGACCGGGUCACGGUGACCGGACUUCCGGAGAGUGUGGACAACGCCAUCGAUCACCUGCUCAACCUAGAGGAAGAAUAUAUGAUGAGUGUGACGGAGACGGAGACGAUGGCGGCCUACAUGAAGCCGCCGUCUCGGGGGGGAGGAGGGGGAGACGCUGACAGUGGGGCACCGGCCAAGGGCUUCGUGGUGCGGGACGCCCCCUGGAACGCACCCGGGAACAAGGCCCCUGAUAUGAGCAGUGCUGAAGACUUCCCAACCUUCGGGGCCGGUGUGGCCCCCAAACAGAUGUCGGCCUGGGGCCCCAAGAAGUUCUGAGGCUCGGAAAGGGAGAGAGAGAGAGCAGAGGAACUGAAGAUACCCCUGGCUCUCGGAACGCCUCCCCCCCCCCUCCUCCUCCUUCAUCCUCCCCCUGCGUCUCUCCCUCUCUCGGGUGCAUCACCUCACCGUGUCACUCAGGAGGCUAGAGGAUGAGGUCCCGCCCUCUUUUUCCCCCCAUCUCCCCCCCGCUGUGUUUCUGUCUCUCCUUUCAACACAGUGCCCCAA